AGCACAUUCAACUUAAUCAGCUAUGGAAAAGCCUCAAGAAAAACCGUUUACUACUGAAAACUUAACUACCGUAAUUAAAGAGAAAAAAAAGAUAGCAGAACAAACGAUAGGAGAUUCAGAAUAUGCACACUCAAAGGUGCCCGGCUGGAAUAGUACCAUCAUAGAUGGUUGUUUAAAAAAGUUGAAAGAAAAGAGUUCGAAUCAUAAGUAUGUUGUAACCUGUAUCGUGAUGCAAAAGAAAGGCGCUGGGUUUUAUGCUGGAACUUCAGUUUAUUGGGAUAAUAAUAACGACGUGAGUGCAAGUUACAGAUAUGAAAACAAGACAUUGUAUGCAGUUGUCAAUGUAUUUGUCUUGAGUCUAUAAAUUUAACUUUAUAUCAUUUAAACCAAUGGUCUUCAUAUUGAAUCCCAAAGAUUGAAAUCCUUGCUGAAUAUCUGCUACUUUGGAUGGUGAACUAACAGUGACAACAUUGCUUGCAUCUGGCUUAAACAAGUUCAUAAAGUACUUGUUUAAUACUCUUUGCAAAUCAUCCAUAGUAACAUUCUAUAACAUACCUAUAAACAUUUACUCUUUUUAUGGCAUAUUAUUGUUUUACUUACUUGA